CCUCUCCAUUUGGUCUCUCUCUCUCGUGUCUCGGCUCGCGACAUCGGCGGCGGCGCGGCGGCGGGGGGCAGCAUUGGGAGCUGACGGCGCCGACGGCGAUCAGGGGAGGAGCAAGGGAGGAAGCUCUCCGGCGGCUAUGCCGUGAUCUGGGGGCGUGAUCUCGCGGGCGAGUACUGGCUCGGAGGGCCUCGGCGAUGAACGGAGCAAGCGCCGGCGCCGGAACCGGUGCUGGCGGCGAGGGGCCGUUGGUCUACCAGGCCUGGAAAGGAAACAAUGUAUUUUUCUUCCAGGGGAGGUUUAUAUUUGGACCUGAUGCGAGAUCCUUGUUUGUCACCAUGCUCCUCAUUAUUGCUCCAGUAUCAAUCUUCUGUGUGUUCGUUGCAAGAGAAUUGAUGAGUAAUUUCUCCUACAGUCUGGGGUUACCUGUGAUGGUUGCAGCGGUUGUAUUCACAGCAUACGAUUUGAGUCUUCUGCUUCUCACUUCUGGGAGGGAUCCAGGUAUCAUACCUCGGAAUGCACAUCCUCCAGAACCUGAAGGUUUUGAAGGCAAUGCUGAAGUUGGAGCUAACCAGACUCCACCAUUGCGUUUGCCCCGAAUUAAGGAUGUUGUUGUCAAUGGAAUCACUGUAAAGACAAAAUACUGUGAUACCUGCAUGCUGUACCGGCCUCCUCGUUGCUCCCAUUGCUCUAUCUGCAACAACUGUGUCGAACGGUUUGACCAUCACUGCCCAUGGGUUGGGCAAUGUAUAGGACUUCGGAAUUACAGGUUCUUUUAUAUGUUUGUCUUCUCAACAACUCUUCUCUGCCUCUAUGUCUUCGGAUUCUGCUGGGUGUACAUUGUUAAGAUCAGAAAUGCUGAGCAGAUAACAAUAUGGAAGGCAAUGGCAAAGACCCCUGCGUCUAUCGCUCUGGUUGUCUACACGUUCAUUGCAGUUUGGUUCGUUGGUGGCCUCUCAGUAUUUCACUUGUAUCUCAUGAGCACUAAUCAGACAACAUAUGAGAACUUCAGGUAUCGCUAUGACCAACGAGCCAACCCGUACAAUAGGGGAGUCGUGGAGAACAUUAAGGAGAUCUUCUUCACGCCUAUCCCUCAAUCCAGGAACAACUUUGGUGGCAGAGUUCCACAGGAUCAGGGCCUGAGGCCUCGCCCGACGACUGGUUUCAUGAGUCCAAACAUGGGGAGAGCUGUCGGUGACAUUGAGAUGGGCAGAAAACCGGUGGCAUGGGACGAGCCAAGGAUGGCAGCUGAGAUAGGUGAUCUGGGAGGUCUGGGCAACUUGUUGGAGGACAAGGAUGGCCGGUUCUGCAACGCAUCCCCAGAUCUAAGCCGUGAUGCCCUCGCGGUUGGAGGCUUAGAUGAGCAAGGCUCCUCAGCUAUGAACCCACCACGGUCGAGUUGGGGAGUCGAAGCAGGUCGAUGAUGUUGAUGGCCAGUCGGCCAUGGAACCAACUAUAGUGGAGGGAGGACUCAGGGAUGUAGUGCCAGCUUGUUCCUAAUUUGGUGUUUGGUUCAAAUCUGAGGUAGCUAAUGUUAUUAGGCCUAUGGGUUGGUUUUUCUUGUGUUGCUUUGCAUUUCCUGUAUCAGCGGUUUUAAGCAGUGUGUUGGAUUUGUGAGGUCUCCAGUUUAGUACUGCAAUUCUAAUUGUGUUUGUAUAUAGUUUGAGCGGUGAACCCCAAAAUGGAUUGAUUUGCUUGGGUUCUGAUGCUGAUGAUUGCGAACGAGCUUAAAUUUGAGCCAUCAUUCCGAAGCUUAAA